AUGUCGAGUGUCGACAGAUACCGCCCCGUGAGGGAAGGUUACCAGCCGCCGUCGCUCCCGCCGAAACCGAUGCCCGCUGCCAUCGAUCGCUUAUCGAAGUCGCCAUCAAGGAGACGGGAUGUUCCCCCAGCAGUUCCCUCUCCCCCCGCCUAUUCAUCGAGGACGUCGCCGCCGCGGCCACACUCCCGUCGGAGCGCACACUCACCUGGGCAGUCGAGUCCGCACCGAGCUCCGCAGCCGAGGCCGAAUCAGUGGUUCUUUACCGCGGACGAAGUAGCGAGCACCCCCAGCGUCGCCGAGGGCUUGCCGCUGGUGGAGGACAGACUCCGGAGGGCGAAAGGCGUCAACUUCAUCUAUCAGGCCGGGAUUCUCCUCGAGCUGCCACAAAUUACGUUAUGGGUCGCCGGCGUGUUCUUCCACCGGUUCUAUAUGCGUUACAGCAUGAUGGAGGAGAAAGGAGGCAUCCACCACUACGCGGCAGCCGUCGGUGGCGAGAGCAAUAGCAACGGUGCCGAGUCCGCGUUACAAGCGAGCAAUAGGGGCGACUCGGAUGCCGCGCUCAAGGUGGCGGCUAACGAUCUAGACACUCACGAGGGCUCCAACCUGGCGCUUAACGGGAGCGACCUUGACGGCGGAGGGCUGGUUUCGCCCCAGGUGAGAAGACGGAGUGAGGACCCAGAGGGAUGGGAGGAGCGGGAGGCUAAGAGGCGAAGAUUGGACGACGAGGAUGAGGGCGAGAUUAAGGGGUCAUAA